AUGCAUCCAAUACGCGAAAGAAAAUGCGACGUUUUACUGGACAAUCCGCUUCUUAAAACUCCACCACCAGAACCUGAGAAGCCGCGUAUACCACGCGUACGAAAGCCACGGGAGUUUAAACUGCCUCCAAGAUUUCCCUUACUACCGAAAGAAUUUUAUGCCUGCUGGGUUAAUCAUCAAAAAGAGUUACAAAUGACGAAGGCUAAGGUGGACGAUAGCCCUCCGGAACUGUUCCCAGAAUUGUACCUGAAACCUCGAAGACUGGACUUCUACGCUCGGCAACUGGAACACACUAUGAAUGUUAACAAGGAAUUACUAAAGAAGAUCAAUCUCAUACAGCGCACUGGAGGUUUCGUGGAUUGCUGGAGACCUGAGCCUACCGAUAAGUAUAAUAAGCUGCUCUGCAAACAACGACAGCGGGAUCUGAACAAAAUACAGCUGGCUAACUCUUAUUUCUACUCCAGGCUGCUCGUUGCUAGAUCGGAGCAACUACUAACUAAAGAAUUGAAUGAGGCGUGGAAGGACACAAAGCACAAAUUAAUAUUAGGAGCCUCGUUGCCGUUUAUUCUAUUCAAAACCGGAACAAUUGAUCGUGAUAUAAAAGAUCCUACGUUCGAUAAACCUAUUAACGUUAUUCGACCUAAAGUAUCUAUGGAUAUCUGGGUAAGAGGAGGCUCGAAGAUCGGUAAGGUUUUAAUCGAGCUCUUCUCCGACAUUGUGCCUCAAACUUGUAAAUUUUUCUUGAACCUCGUCAAAGGAGAUUCGUAUGGGCAUGCUUAUACUGGAACCAGAUUCUUCAGGAUUGUGCCUGACCUAUAUUGUCGCGGUGGAGAUGUGGCCAAGGACAAUGGCUUCGGUGCGUACACCCCAAACAUGGAAGGAGAAAACGCUGGUCAACCUGGCCUGGUCUUCGAACACUUCGAUUUGAACCAUUCUGUACCAGGUGUACUAUCGAUGGUGAUUACUCCGGACGGUGAAGCCACUGGUCAGUUCAACAUUAUAUUCAAACCGCUACCACAGUUUGAUAAGAGACACGUGGUCUUCGGUAGGAUUGUAGCAGGACCAGCCCCUACACUGGAACGUAUCAGUGCGCUAGGGCUACCUCUAGGCACAACUACCACUGAUUGCAUAAUACUUUCAUGUGGUUGGUUCACUAAAUCCGGUCGGUAUAAAGAGGGCAGCCCUAACACUAUCAAAUUCCCGCCUAGACGUAAGAAGAGAUGA